AUGGGAAAAAAUUAUUUAUUUCAUCGAGGUUUAUUUCACCUCGUGGGGGUCGUUCUUUUUCUAGGGAUUGUUCCGUAUCAGGAGAAGCAGAAUUCCAAUUAUUUCAUCGUGACGUCGCCGGAGCAGCAUCUCGGACAUAUUCCAUUAUUACAGAGUUACGAUAGCGCUAGCUUCAGAGACUCCAAUAUCUUCAGGUCCGAUUGGUAUUCUGAGAACGUAACAAAACAACAGCAGCAACAGCGAGACGAAGGACAUCGACGGUAUCUAUGUCCCAAGUGUAGCAAUAGUUAUAAAUACUUGGGUGACAUGAAAAAACACUUACGAUUUCAAUGUGGUCAGGAACCAAGAUUCGAGUGUCCUUACUGCCAAAAACGGACAAAGGUGUCGUCAAAUAUGUACGCGCACGUGCGCGCAAUGCACAGCGAUCAACCGAUGUAUAUAAUAGACAUACACUCGUCUUACGUGCAUCCCCAGGUAGUGUCCGGUCACAGUGUGACCGCGGAGCCUUAUCAGUCACGACGAGACAAUUUGAACGCGAUGGAGGAUACAGAGGAGAACACGUAUCUUUAUGUCGACUCGAAUCAUCGUCAGGAAACCGCCAUAGCACCGAUAGCUGCGUCUCGCUGGCCGGAUAAUGUGGUUGCGCAGGGUUCGGUCACGAGAAAGAAGUUUCACUGUCCCAGAUGCAACAGCGGUUAUACCAGACUCUCCGACAUGAAGACGCACUGCCAAUUUCAAUGUGGCAAAGAACCACGAUAUCAAUGUCCAUAUUGCACGAAGAAAGCCAAGUUCUCGUCAAAUAUGUAUGUACACGUACGACGGAUGCACAAGGACAAAAAGUUGCAGAUCAUCGAUCUGUACAAGCAGCUGUCAAGAGUACGCUGCUGA